CGGGCCACCAGCGCGCCGCCGGCUCCCCUCCAUUUCCCCCCGACUCCCGCCCCGGUCACCAUCCUACCCUCCUCCCUCCUCCUUUCCCCUUCCUCCGCUCCCCUCUUUUCCCUUCCCCUCCUCCCCUUCCUUCUGUUCUCUCCUCCUCUUCCCCGCCCCCCCGUCCCGAGCACUCUAUAUUCAAGCCACCGUUUCCUGCUUCACAAAAUGGCCACCGCACGCGACACCUGCGGUCACGUGGCCUGCCGCCCUCUCGGUUUCGGGACUGUUUGCCUAGCUCCGACUUCUGGGAGGCUACACGCGGAAGACCGAGGGCAGAUUAGACCGGAGAAAUCCCACCUCUCCAAGCCUGGGAACUGAGAGAGGAAGAAGAGUGAAGACCAGUGUUGGAAAAAAAAAAAAAAAAAAAAAAGAAAAACAAAAAAAAAAAACCCAAGAAAAAAAAACGAAAAACGAAAGCGGAGGGCAUAGGGUUGGAAAGGGGAGCGAAGAGGCCUAGGUUAACAUUUCCAGGCCUCUUAGCUCGUGGUAAGCGGGAGACGCAAGUUCUCGCGAGAUCUCGAGACCUCCGAGCCUGAGACUGGGGUUUUAGCGGAGAGCAUGGGAAAUGUAGCUCGUGAGAACUGGGACAGCAUUUUUGGCGCCCUAAGCUCCAAGGCAGGACUGCUAGGGGCGACGGCGACGGGACUAAGUAGGAAAUCCCGUAAGGUUAGACCUGAGGGAGCGCGCAGUAGCCGGGCAUUAGUCGCCGCGACGGGGGAUUGCGGUGUGAGAGGGAGGGCACACGUUGUACGUGCUGACGUAGCGGGCUUUCAAGCGGGUAUAUUAGAUCCGUGGCCGCGCGGUGCGCUCCAGAGCCGCAGUUCUCCCGUGAGAGGCCCUUCGCGGUGGAACAGACACAGUCGCUUAGCAGCGGAAGACUCCGAGUUCUCGGUACUCUUCAGGGAUGAGUCAUGUGGCGGUGGAAAAUGCGCUCGGGCUGGACCAGCAGUUUGCUGGCCUAGACCUGAACUCUUCAGAUAAUCAGAGUGGAGGAAGUACAGCCAGCAAAGGGCGCUAUAUUCCUCCUCAUUUAAGGAACCGAGAAGCUACUAAAGGUUUCUACGAUAAGGACAGUUCAGGGUGGAGUUCUAGCAAAGAUAAGGAUGUGUAUAGCAGUUUUGGAUCUCGUAGUGAUUCAAGAGGGAAGUCUAGCUUCUUCAGUGAUCGUGGAAGUGGAUCAAGGGGAAGGUUUGAUGAUCGUGGACGGAGUGAUUAUGACGGCAUUGGCAGCCGUGGUGACAGAAGUGGCUUUGGCAAAUUUGAACGUGGUGGAAACAGUCGCUGGUGUGACAAAUCAGAUGAAGAUGAUUGGUCAAAACCACUCCCACCAAGUGAACGCUUGGAACAGGAACUCUUUUCUGGAGGCAACACUGGGAUUAAUUUUGAGAAAUAUGAUGACAUUCCAGUUGAGGCAACAGGCAACAACUGUCCUCCACAUAUUGAAAGUUUCAGUGAUGUUGAGAUGGGAGAAAUUAUCAUGGGAAACAUUGAGCUUACUCGUUAUACUCGCCCAACUCCAGUGCAAAAGCAUGCUAUUCCUAUUAUCAAAGAGAAAAGAGACUUGAUGGCUUGUGCCCAAACAGGGUCUGGAAAAACUGCAGCAUUUCUCUUGCCCAUCUUGAGUCAGAUUUAUUCAGAUGGUCCAGGCGAGGCUUUGAGGGCCAUGAAGGAAAAUGGAAGGUAUGGGCGCCGCAAACAGUACCCAAUCUCCUUGGUAUUAGCACCAACGAGAGAGUUGGCAGUACAGAUCUAUGAGGAAGCCAGAAAAUUUUCAUACCGAUCUAGAGUUCGUCCUUGCGUGGUUUAUGGUGGUGCCGAUAUUGGUCAGCAGAUUCGAGACUUGGAACGUGGAUGCCAUUUGUUAGUAGCCACUCCAGGACGUCUAGUGGAUAUGAUGGAAAGAGGAAAGAUUGGAUUAGACUUUUGCAAAUACUUGGUGUUAGAUGAAGCUGAUCGGAUGUUGGAUAUGGGGUUUGAGCCUCAGAUUCGUAGAAUAGUUGAACAAGAUACUAUGCCUCCAAAGGGUGUCCGCCACACUAUGAUGUUUAGUGCUACUUUUCCUAAGGAAAUACAGAUGCUGGCUCGUGAUUUCUUAGAUGAAUAUAUCUUCUUGGCUGUAGGAAGAGUUGGCUCUACCUCUGAAAACAUCACACAGAAAGUAGUUUGGGUGGAAGAAUCAGACAAACGGUCAUUUCUGCUUGACCUCUUAAAUGCAACAGGCAAGGAUUCACUGACCUUAGUGUUUGUGGAGACCAAAAAGGGUGCAGAUUCUCUGGAGGAUUUCUUAUACCAUGAAGGAUACGCAUGUACCAGUAUCCAUGGAGACCGUUCUCAGAGGGAUAGGGAAGAGGCCCUUCACCAGUUCCGCUCAGGAAAAAGCCCAAUUCUAGUGGCUACAGCAGUAGCAGCAAGAGGACUGGACAUUUCAAAUGUGAAACAUGUUAUCAAUUUUGACUUGCCAAGUGAUAUUGAAGAAUACGUACAUCGCAUUGGUCGUACAGGACGUGUAGGAAACCUUGGCCUGGCAACCUCAUUCUUUAACGAGAGGAACAUAAAUAUUACUAAGGAUUUGUUGGAUCUUCUUGUUGAAGCUAAACAAGAAGUGCCAUCUUGGUUAGAAAACAUGGCUUAUGAACACCACUACAAGGGUAGCAGUCGUGGACGUUCUAAGAGCAGAUUUAGUGGAGGGUUUGGUGCCAGAGACUACCGACAAAGUAGUGGUGCCAGCAGUUCCAGCUUCAGCAGCAGCCGCGCAAGCAGCAGCCGCAGUGGCGGAGGUGGCCACGGUAGCAGCAGAGGAUUCGGUGGAGGUGGCUAUGGAGGCUUUUACAACAGUGAUGGAUAUGGAGGAAAUUACAACUCCCAGGGGGUUGACUGGUGGGGUAACUGAGCCUGCUUUGCAGUAGGUCACCCUGCCAAACAAGCUAAUAUGGAAACCACAUGUAACUUAGCCAGACUAUACCUUGUGUAGCUUCAAGAACUCGCAGUACAUUACCAGCUGUGAUUCUCCACUGAAAUUUUUUUUUUAAGGGAGCUCAAGGUCACAAGAAGAAAUGAAAGUAACAAUCAGCAGCCCUGUUCAGAAGGUGGUUUGAAGACUUCAUUGCUGUAGUUUGGAUUAACUCCCCUCCCGCCUACCCCCAUCCCAAACUGCAUUUAUAAUUUUGUGACUGAGGAUCAUUUGUUUGUUAAUGUACUGUGCCUUUAACUUUAGACAACUUUUUAUUUUGAUGUCCUGUUGGCUCAGUAAUGCUCAAGAUAUCAAUUGUUUUGACAAAAUAAAUUUACUGAACUUGGGCUAAAAUCAAACCUUGGCACACAGGUGUGAUACAACUUAACAGGAAUCAUCGAUUCAUCCAUAAAUAAUAUAGGGAAAAACUUAUGCGGUAGCCUGCAUUAGGGCUUUUUGAUACUUGCAGAUUGGGGGAAAACAAACAACAAAUGUCUUGAAGCAUAUUAAUGGAAUUAGUUUCUAAUGUGGCAAACUGUAUUAAGUUAAAAGUUCUGAUUUGCUCACUCUAUCCUGGAUAGGUAUUUAGAACCUGAUAGUCUUUAAGCCAUUCCAGUCAUGAUAAGGUGAUGUAUGAAUACAUGCAUACAUUCAAAGCACUGUUUUCAAAGUUAAUGCAAGUAAAUACAGCAAUUCCUCUUUCAACGUUUAGGCAGAUCAUUAAUUAAUGAGCUGGCCAAAUGUGGGCAUACUAUUACAGGGAAAGUUUAAAGGUCUGAUAACUUGAAAUAGGUUUUUAGGAGAAUUCAUCUACUUAGACUUUUUAAAUGCCUGCCAUAAAUGAAAUUGAAAUGGUAGAAUGGCUGACCACAGCAAUGACCAGCCCUCAUUAGGGCCUUGGAUGAUUUUUGGUCUAAUAACGCAUGCUAGUGUUGAUGUUUUUUGGUCAAGAGGGUAUGAACAGGAAGAAUUAAAUGCAGCAGGCUUUAUUUUAAAUGCCGAUUCACAUUACUCUGUUCAAGCUGCGUUGAGAUGUUAAACUGGCUUACUAUAGACUUUGUAAAAUGGCUCCAGAAGAGUAACAAACUGAAAUCUUUGAGAUCACACAGGUUGGAAAUAUGUACAUAACUGCACAAGGUGUCAAUUCUGCUCUACAGUGCAGUUUUAGUCAGUUUUAGUUGCAUAGGUUUCCAUUGUAUUUAUAGUCUGUUUAUGCUAAAUCUGGCCAAAGAUGAGCAUUGUCCACCACUAAAAUGCCUCUGCCACUUUGAAUUCUGUGCUAGUUUUGUGGCCAGAAUGCAGUGAUGAAAACGCUCCAUCUUUUUACAGUGGCAUAGGAAGACGGCAAAAAUUUCCUAAAGUGCAAUAGAUUUUCAAGUGUAUUGUGCCUUGUUCUAAAACUUUUAUUAAGUAGGUGCACUUGACAGUAUUGAGGUCAUUUGUUAUGGUGCUAUUUCAAUUAGUCUAGGUUUAGGCCCUUGUACAUUUUGCCCAUAACUUUUUACAAAGUACUUCUUUUAUUGCACAUUCAGAGAAUUUUAUAUAUAUGUCUUGUGUGCGUGUCCUUAAACUUCCAAUCUUACUUUGUCUCUUGGAGAUUGUUGAACGCAGCUUGUCUAGGAAGGGGAUGGGACUAGAUUCUAAAAUUUAUUUGGGACCAUGGGAAUGAUAGUUGAGAAGAAAACUAUUUGCACACGACAGAUUUCUAGAUACUUUUUGCUGCUAGUUUUAUGUAAUAUUUAUUGAACAUUUUGACAAAUAUUUAUUUUUGUAAGCCUAAAAGUGAUUCUUUGAAAGUUUAAAGAAACUUGACCAAAAGACAGUACAAAAACACUGGCACUUGAAUGUUGAAUGUCACCGUAUGCGUGAAAUUAUAUAUUUCGGGGUAGUGUGAGCUUUUAAUGUUAAGUCAUAUUAAACUCUUAAGUCAAAUUAAGCAGACCCGGCGUUGGCAGUGUAGCCAUAACUUUCUGAUGUUAGUAAAAACAAAAUUGGCGACUUGAAAUUAAAUCAUGCCAAGGUUUUGAUACACUUGUCUUAAGAUAUUAAUGAAACACUUCAAAACACUGAUGUGAAGUGUCCAGAUUCUCAGAUGUUUGUUGUGUGAAUUUUGUUUAGUUGUGUGUUUUUUUGUUUUUUUUUUUUUUUUUUUUUCAGUGAAUGUCUGGCACAUUGCAAUCCUCAAACAUGUGGUUAUCUUUGUUGUAUUGGCAUAAUCAGUGACUUGUACAUUCAGCAAUAGCAUUUGAGCAAGUUUUAUCAGCAAGCAAUAUUUUCAGUUCAUAAGGUUCCAAAAAUCACGUAAGGAUUUAAACUUGCUGAAUGUAAAGAUUGAACCUCAAGUCACUGUAGCUUUAGUAAUUGCUUAUUGUAUUAGUUUAGAUGCUAGCACUGCAUGUGCUGUGCAUAUUCUGAUUUUAUUAAAAUAAAAAGUUGAACUGCACAGUC